GGCGGCGGGGGCGGCAUGGACCACAGCGUGAAGGCGGCCAGCGACGCGCGCCGGCUCGCGCGCCUCCUCAACAGGCACCGCUUCGAGAAUGACGAGCUGGAGGCGCUCUACCGCCGCUACACCUUCAAGUUGCAGCACGCCAGCGUCGCGCAGUGCGUGGCCCUCUUCGCGCUGCUCGCGGGGGUGCUGGCGAACCUGGGCGGCGCGCACGCGCUGUCGCCGACGCCGCAGAACGUGUACCACGGCGCGCACUGCGUGCUGUUCGUGGGGCUGCUGGUGGUGCUGCGCUCGCGGCUGCUGCACGACGGCUACCUGCUGUGGCUGUGCUACGCCGUGCUCUUCUUCUGCGCCACCUUCUGCGCCGUCGCGCUGCCGCUGGAUGUGUUGGGCAGUGUCUUUAGUAUGCCCACGCGGCGCGUGGCGGCGGAGGGCGUGUGGCAGGUGGUGUUCGCCGUCUUCCUGGCGUACGCGAUGCUGCCGCUGCGCACCUGGGUGGCGGCGCUCUUCGGCGUCUCGCUGCCCGCCGUCCACAUGGCCGUCGCCGGCGCGCUCGCCCGCGAGCUCUUCCCCAACCUCGCCUGGCAGCAGCUGACGGCGAACAUGAUCGUGUUCCUGUGCGUGAACGUGGUGGGCAUCUUCAUGCACAACCUGAUGGAGCACGCGCAGCGCAAGGCCUUCCUGGACACGAGGAAUUGCAUCGCUGCCCGCCUCGAGAUGGAAGACGAGAACGAAAAGCUGGAGCGGCUGCUACUAUCGGUGCUGCCACAGCACGUCGCCAUGGAGAUGAAAGCGGACAUCAUCUCUCCAGUGGAGGGCCAGUUUCACAAGAUUUACAUCCAGAAGCACGAGAACGUCAGCAUCCUUUUCGCUGACAUCGUCGGGUUCACGGUGCUGGCCUCGCAAUGCACAGCCCAGGAGUUGGUACGGCUGCUGAACGAGCUGUUUGGCCGCUUCGAUCAACUCGCUAACGACAACCACUGUCUGAGGAUUAAGAUCCUCGGUGACUGUUACUAUUGUGUAUCUGGCCUGCCAGAGCCUCGGUCUGAUCAUGCCCACUGCUGUGUUGAAAUGGGGCUCGAUAUGAUUGAUGCUAUUGCGUCUGUGGUGGAAGCAACAGAUGUCCAACUCAAUAUGAGGGUUGGCAUCCACUCAGGCCGUGUGCUGUGUGGUGUGCUGGGCCUGCGAAAGUGGCAGUAUGAUGUCUGGUCUAAUGAUGUCACACUUGCAAACCACAUGGAAGCUGGUGGAGAGCCUGGCCGUGUGCACAUAACACAGGCUACAUUGGACUAUCUCGGUGGUGAGUACGAAGUGGAAGCAGGCCACGGUGGGACAAGGAACCAGUACCUUCGGGAUAACAGUGUCACCACGUACUUCAUUGUGCCGCCUGCUAGGAGACGGAAGGUGCGAUCAGUUAUGGGAGCAGCCCAGAGACGGAAAUUGUCAUUCAAGAAUGUCUCCAGUGUAGUUGUACAACUGCUACACUCCAUUAAGUAUUCUAUGGAGGUUCCUUUCUCAAACAUUGCUGUGGCCCCAGGAGAUCACAAAGCCAAUGCUGCAAGGAAGGUGCUAGAUUUGCAGAGAGCUCUUCACGCUGACCCCUCCACAACCGGAGGUCGCCCUUUUGGGGGCACAGAAGCACUGGACCUUCGAGAUAUAGCCAGCAAGAACAAGGUAACAGAGAAGUUCAAAAGACCAUUCAAGAAACGGCAUUCUAGUGUGUAUCAUCAACCAUCAAAUCGUGUAAAUAAGUAUUUGGCACAAGCUAUUGAUGCACGGAGUGUUGACAGAGAAAAGUCAACCCAUGUCAACCUUGCAACAUUGUGCUUCAAAGAUAGGGAGAAAGAGAAUCAGUACCACGAAGAUGCAGAUGUGGGAUUCAGCAGUUCGCUAGCCUGCUCCCUGGUGCUGUUGCUGCUGCUGGGAGGCCUGCAGGCUGUGGUGCUGCCACAGACCAUCAUUCUGCUGCUGCUCUUCCUCACAGCAUUCGUGUGGGUUGCGGUUGUACUCAUGCUGUUACUUGCCGUGCGCCUUCGCUGGAUCCUCUGGGAUAUCUCACAGAGCUUCACACUGCGUCUCGCCAUUACAGUCUUCACUAUUGUGUUGCUGUACACUGUGGCCCAAGUCAAUGUUUUUACCUGUCGUGCUGAUGCACUGCAGCCGUGUCGGCUUGGUGCAACCGCCAAUGUUACACUAGAUGGUGCUGGUGUAGGGCAAGAUCACAGAGCAUGCCCAUUGCCGCAGUACGUGGUUCUCUCAUGUACACUGGGGUAUCUUGCAGUUGCUGUUUUCCUGCGGCUUCCAAUUCUCGUCAAGGGAAUACUUCUUGUUGCUAUGGCAACUGUUUAUAUUCUCCUCAUCGAAGUCUCCCAUCGCUCACUAUUUGACUGCUAUGAUGAACGUGUUGGGUCAGUUGUCCCACAGCACGCUCUUGCUGUUGUCUACAUUCUAAUGUUCUUAUUAGCAGUUAUAAUUCAUGGUCGACAAGUAGAAUGGACGGCUCGACUUGAUUUCCUGUGGCAGAUACAGGCCAAUGAAGAGAAGAGGGAAAUGGAUGCCUUACAACACAGCAACAAAAGAAUAUUGUUCAACCUCUUGCCAGCUCAUGUCGCCACGCACUUCCUUGAUAACCAGUUCCGCAGCAACAUGGACCUCUACCACCAAAGUUAUUCAAGAGUCGGAGUCGUGUUUGCAACUGUCACCAAUUACCAUGAAUUCUACACUGAACUGGAUGGCAACAAUCAGGGUGUGGAGUGUCUUCGACUGCUUAAUGAGAUAAUUGCAGACUUUGAUGAGCUUCUUGGAGAAGAGAGGUUCAAAGCUAUUGAUAAAAUUAAGACUGUUGGAUCAACAUACAUGGCUGCUGUUGGCUUGAUGCCUGAUUUGCGUAUCCUGGAUGACGAUGAUGAUGCAAGUGCAGGGUAUUAUCUCAGCACUUUAGUAGAAUUUGUGUUUGCUAUGCGUGAAAAAUUAGUGAACAUAAAUGAAAAUUCAUACAACAACUUCAUGUUGCGCGUCGGUAUCAAUAUUGGACCUGUGGUGGCAGGUGUAAUUGGUGCUCGGAAGCCACAGUAUGAUAUUUGGGGGAAUACAGUGAAUGUUGCGAGCCGCAUGGAUUCAACGGGCUUACCAAAUCACAUACAGGUAACUGAAGAAGUUUAUCAAGUACUGAAGAAUUACCCAUAUGAAUUCCAGUGCCGUGGUAAAGUAAAAGUGAAAGGUAAAGGUGAUAUGACAACCUACUUUCUGACAGACCGUAAGCAACCUGGAACAGUGAGAGUUGAUGAUCUCCCAAGCCUCAGAACUGGUCCUAGUUUGGGAAACAUGUAUGGUGGUGUAGCAACACCUCUAGCUCUUGUGCACCAGAUGCAUCAGGGAGGAUCAGGAGAUUCUGGCAGCCGAGCUGGGAAACCACCAAGUCACAGAGUCGGAGGCAAUGCCAGUGAAGGGUAUUCAAUGAGGAGUGCUCCACGUUUGCCACCCUUGCGAGAAUCAGGAUCUGGAUGUGGACCGGGAGCUGGUGGAGAAUGUGAACCCCUUCUUCCACCUUCUGCUGGAGCACCUCACAAGAUAGUGCCACGACAAGGGAAGAAAUCUAGGAACAAUAAUUUGGAUGAUGAUAGCAAUUUGCCUCCACCUCCACUACCUCCCCAUAACAAAAAUUUCCAGCAGUCGGGCACGUCUUCCACAAAAGUUUCACAGCGGUCUGCAGAGGUCACAAAAUAUGCUCCACCAUGGCCACGUGGUGCAAGCGGUAAUGGUGAUGGAGGAAUUGUGGUACGCCAUGGACCUGUAACAAAUGGUUCUGGUGGAGUAAGUGGUGCAGUGGUGCGUGCAGCAAAUCCACCACAUCCGACAAGGGACUCGAAUGGAGCUGAACUCAAGCCAUACUUAAAACCACUUCCAAAACCUCCAAUGAAAGAUAUCUCUGCCGGCAGACAUCGGGGUCGUACUGUAAUUCCACCCCCACCACCUCCUCACCAUCAGUUUCGAUACAGAAUGGAAGAACCAGCUGCAAGAACAAAAUUACGCAAUAAUCCACUUCAGAGACAUUACUCAGAUGAAAGUUUACAGGGUGCCAGUUCCUUUGGUUUAUAUUUCUCGAGUCCCCAUCAGCAACAACAUCGCAUCCAUUCUUCAGCAGAUGAAAUAAGCUCACUGAACCAUUCUCCUAGCAUUAGUUCAUCAGAUGAAAGUUAUAGUCGAACUACAGAUGCUGAUGCUUCUCCUUCUCCAUCACCGCCUCUUCAUGCAGAAGUUUCUGUCCAGCAGUGGUUGUAUCCAUCAGACAUUCAAGUUGAUCCUUCUUCUUCCCUAGAGAAUUCCCCAAGAGCCUCAGUAGAUUAUAUACCUGGUCAGUGCUUCCUACCUAGUAGUUCUGCUGUUGUAGGUGGAAAUCAUAAUAAUAACCCUGUGUCUGGAAAGAUUCCUAGUGCUCCCCCACUACACGAUAUUCCUCUCACACAGAACCUCUCAUCCUCUCGCAGCUUCUCUCCAUCAAGUCACCAUCAAGGUAGCAAGUCCAGCAGGAAUAAUUCUUCAAAUAAUGGAGGGUCCUCCACCAGCAAGAGAGACUGGAGUCUGUCACCAGGUCGUCAUCGACUUGACAAUGGCAGCUCUACCAGUAACUCUAGAAGAAGUAAUAAAUCGUCUGUUGCAACCAAUACAGAUAAUCUUCCCCCCGCUACAUUGUUGGCUUUAGCUGCAACUACAAACACCAUGGAUUCAUCAGCCUGUUGCAGUCCCCUUCCAUCAGCAGCAGAUGGUCAAGAGUCGUACCGUGGUGACAGCUGUGGCAGUUUUGAGUACAUCGGACACCGUGGCCAACGUUAUCCGGUGCGGGACAAAGUUGUGCCUCACAAUGUACUGCAGAGUUCUGGAAGCAGUGGUCAGGCUGUCCGUAGUGCAGUGAAAAGUGCAAAACAAGUCCAUAGUUUAGACAAAAAGCUAAGUGCUUUAAGCAAUAGUAAAAGUGAUAGUGCAUCAGUGCAACGAGAUGAAAACUUUUUUUGUAAAAACAUUGCAUCUCAUUUAAGACAGUCACCUAUUGUGGAGAACUCUGAUAUUAAGGAGUCCAUGACUGGUUUUACAGACGAUGUGGAUGAUGAUGAUGACAAUGUUUCACACAUCACAUCUGCCAGUGAAAAAUCAUCGAAAAAGGAUGGUUCUAGUCAAACUGACAGGAAGGAUGUGGGUCACAAAAUUGCUCGUCAUCAUAGUGCAUCUUCUGGAGGUGCUAAGAAAGGUGAUUCACAUUCACCAAUAUCUUCAGUGCCUCCAAGCAGUGGGAAGUUCCCUUCAGUGCCUCCCAUUUCUAAGUACCAUCACAGUGGUGCGGACAUUGUUAAUAAGAUACCAAACUUUGAGCGUGAAAUUCAGAAGCUAUUAGAGGACCAAAAUCUUUUGAAGAAUAUACCUCCUAAACCAGAGAAAAGUCACCAAAAUAAAGAAAUAAUAUCACUAGAGGAGUUAAAGAAUGUCAAUCAGGUUUUAGCUGAAUUGGGCCAGUCAACUUACCUGGAGAGGGAUGCCAUGGUUUUAGGAAGGUAUGUAAUAAACCAGGCAGAUGUUAGCAUUUGUAAUAAUAACAAUCUCAGUGGUCAACCUCCAAGAGAACAAGUGGGUUUAGCUGCCAUACAAGAACUUGCAAGAAGGCAGCAGGAUGAACUGAAUAAUAUCACAGAUUCUAAUGACAAUGCAUGUAGUUGUCGUGUAGAUUGUAAGUUUGAGGAUGAAAGAAUGCCCACAAAAAGAACAAGCAGCAAGGAAGGUUCACUUAAAAGGGGAAGAAACAUUAUCCCAAUGACUGAAAGUGAGAUUAAUCAGGAAUCUCAAAAAAUCCAGCGCCAUGUGCCUGUUUCUGUGUCCCCAAUACAAACUGGUUGCAAAUAUCCACUGACAGCUCCAGGUGAUAAUUUCAGCAGUUGCAGUCAGCUGGUCAGUAAGGAUAAUAACCAGGGGGUUCAUCGUUGUUCCAGUUCCAGAAGUCAAAGCAAAGACACCAGUGAAUAUGAAAAUUUGGAAAGUGAUACUCAUGAUGAGGAUUGUAAGAAAGAAAGUGAUGUGUCCAGUUUUGAGAGAGAAGAAAAACGAAUAGCAGAGGAGGUUCAGCGGCAGGAGGCAGAAGUAAAACGUAUCUUGGAAGUGAGUGCUGCCACCAGUGCUGGUGCAGGUGAAGCUAGUCAGUCAGAGUGGAGUGAAGAUGACGAUGAUGAAGGGGGUGCUGCCUCAGAGCCGCUUCUGGCAGACAGGGAAUCCACUGGGUAUACAACGGAUGACCCAGCACUUGAAAAUGUUUCAAUGCUCAAUGAAACAGGCCUUACUGAUGCAGAAGGAGCUCUAAGUGAUGUGAAUUCUGUUUUCAAUGACUUAGGUCAUGAUGCAGACAUGGAUGACAACACAAGCAUGUCAUCUCGUGCUUCUUCAAGAAUCUUUGAUUCUGAUGCUAUGAUGAGCUUGGAUUCACUCAGUGUACUGUAUGAUUCAGAGUAUGACAAUUGCUACCGUACCGAUGAGGAUGUCAACACAGCUGAUACUGUACCUGAUCUUGAUAGAAUUGAUUACUUUUCAGCUGUCACGACAGACACAGAUAUCAAUUUGGCUAACAUAAGAUCUAUGUCAGAAAGCAUUACAAGAAAUUUUGGGCAGCCCAGGAGUGAGACAGACCCAGAUAGUGAUGUUUAGAGGUGUUAGCCAUAUUGGACAUCAGAUAAGUCUCCACAGCGUCUGUGCAGACGGUUUGUAAACUGCAUUUAUACAAAACACCAAAUAUUUGUUAAAUAUACAAAUGAGAAUAGCAGACCAAGAAGAUAUGCCUCACAUAAUAUUAAGGAAAGGAUCAGUGUGUAAGUUAAAAAGUGGAAAAAAAUAAAAAGCAAAAUACAACAUCGUGUGGAACAUUGUCAACAUUAGCAGAUAGUAAAAUAAAAGUAGUCGAAAACACAAAUUGCAGCUGUUAACUCUAUUUUGAAUUCUUCAUUGCAUAAAAAUAUUCUGGGUGUUAUUCCAAAUUUUUUGCUGUGUCUAAUUUGUUUGGGAUUUAAAUAAUCUGUAGAAAGUAAUUUAUUGUUAAUUUUAAAGAAAAUACAUUUUAAUAAAUUCUUGUUGUAUUUUCUGUGUGUGUAAAUAUUAGCAUUUCCGAACAUAUAGCAAUUUUUCUUACUGCCAAUGUAUAUUUUUGGUGUCUUUUUCACAUAUUUGUAUAUGUAGAUAUGUCUAUCCCAAUAAGUCCUUAGAUAUCUAGUGACUUAUUCAGGACUGAAGCCUUCCAUUACCAUUUUACUUUUGGGCUGUAAUAUUUGUGUGUAUUUAAUGUAAAAACAGAUAGCUCACAUUCAAGUAAUUUAAUUCAGAGACCAUAGAGAAAAUACAAAAUAAAACCAUAUUUCGGCAGACUUGCUGACUUUAUUACUAUGUUUCAACAACAGUACUCUGGAUGGCCCUAAACAAAUAGUAAUCAAAAUCUUAUUAAUUCCUUAGCAUUUAAAAUGUGUGCUAAUCUACAUUUUUUUGCUUAAUUGUUCUGUGCUAAUGAGUCUUUUUGUAUGUGUAACUGUUAUCAGAAGCACUAAUCAACAAUUCCAGUACAAAUUUUGUAUAUUAACAAUUAAAUGUGUAAAUUCUGUAGAAUACUAUGCACACAAUUUGGACUUUCGACUACUUUCACUAUGUUUCCUCUUGCCUGUGAAGACUGCUGGUGUGUACGUGAGAUGUGACAAUAAGGUGGUACUCUUGAAAUUGUGAUGCAGACUGAAUAUUGUUUUAGAGUUUCAAGUGACUGUUUAUAAUAGGUACUUCAGGGGAAUAAAAUGGCCAGUUUUUUUUCUUCUCCUGGAUUUGUGUGUGUUUGUCAGCACCAUAUAUCAUCCCUUCUAAUACUCAGAUGAUUAUUUUGUACUUUGUCAUUGUUAUUGGCAUAUACUCAUGCCAGAACUGUAUUACAGAGAAAGUGAUAGUAUCACUAACUCAUGUAAAAGAAAGAGUGCAGCUCUAUAAAUUUUGCUAGUGAAUGGAAUGUGCAUUUUUCUUGUGUGUGUGUGUGUGUGUGUGUGUGUGUGUGUGUCGGGGAGAGAGAGAGAGAGAGAGAGAGAGAGAGAGAGAGAGAGAGAGAGAGCAUUGUUGCAGUAUGUUCAUGAAUGUAAUGCAUGAGCCAUGAGGAGUGUAAAUGAAUGUACUGUAAUUUGUUUGUCAUAUCUGCAAUCACUGGCAAACUGUUGUUGUUGAUUAUUGCACAUAAGACUAUUUCUUAAAGCAUACAAAUUCUUUAUUUAUCUUGAAACUAUCAUGCUGAAUAUUUAUUUUCUGGCUGUUCAUGUCAUAUAAUACCAGAUGCAAAAAGUGACAGUUUUGCCUAUUUGGUUGUGGUUGUGUGCCCUUCAUAUUUACAUCUGUGCCUACAGGUUCAUUUGUAAUACAUUUUUUUCCUUCAACAUUUUGCCUAUGUCAUCUUUCUUAUUCAUCUGUCUUUUUAUGUGUAUACUUUUACUGGAACUUCAAGUUCAAGAAAAUUAUUACUGCCCUAAAUACAUUGUUUCAGAGAAAACAGACUUAUUGUACUACAAUAUGCAGGAAAAAUAAAUAAAAUCAGUCUG